GUGUCGAGGCGGCGCUCAAGAACGACAAGGGAAGCGACGCUCGCCUCGUCUCCUUCACGGUCCAGGAAUGCACCAAUAAAGGAGACAACUACGCAAAGCUUGUGGCCGGAGUUAUUGUGAAUUACACGCUUUGUGAAAUAGACUAUAAGCCAUCUUAUGUGGUAAAGUACAACCCCAGAUCUUUUAAAGCAUUUGAAAAGUUUGCUUGGGUUGUGUUUAGAAAGGAAACCUUUUUUACCAAUAUCUGGUGCAUGAAAUCCAGUCACAGUUACAAGAAGCUGGCCAAACUCCUCUAAGAGUUCCUCAGUGUUUCCACACUUCCUUAAAAGAAUAUCAAGAGGUUGUCUUCCUGGAGGAUUCAAGAUCGACCGCGAGAAAGACAUGGACGUCGCCCACAAAAAGCUCGUCCUCGAGGAACUGGCCAGACUCCACGCAGCCUCAUACCUCCUCAAAGUCAAGAUCCCAGACCUUGCAGACAAGUACCCAGGCCUGAAUCUGGAUUGGCUGAACUAUGCUGAUGACGCAAGGGAUGUAUUGUAUAAGACAUUUUCUAAGCAGAUGGACACAGUUAAAGAUAUGCUGAAUAAAGUGGGAGGGUACGAAGUGGCGGAGAACUGGCUCAGCAGAAACAAGGGGAGAGUGUUAGAGAUACUGGACAUCAUUUCUAAAAGAGUCCCGCCUUUUGACGUGCUGUGCCAUGGUGACUGUUGGAACAAUAACAUGCUCUUCAGAUAUAAUGAAAAAGAGGUUCCUGUGGAGGUUAUGUUAUUAGACCUACAGAUUUGCCGCCAGACAUCCCUCGCCACCGACCUCACCUACCUCUUCCACACAAGCCUAGAGGGCCAUGUAAGGAAGACAAACUUUGACACAUUUCUAGACAUCUACUUCUCGGCUUUCCUCGGUGUCACAGAAGCGGGGAAGACUGCCGUGCCCUUCUCCCGGCAGGAGCUUCGACAGGAGUACAAGAACCACCUUGAAUAUGGCCUGCUGCUGGCACUGAUGAUCAUCACCAAUUUAUUAUCAUAUUAAGUUCUUCAUUUUCAGUAUUAUAUUCAGUAUUGUAAGCAUAGAAGGAGUUACACCGUCCACUGCCGUGUAUAUCCUGGCUCUCAUUAUUCUAUAAUGAAAGUCAAUUCAUAACUCUAUUUUGUUAUUGAGUCUCAGAUGAGUUAUAUAUUUUUUCUUAUAAAGAUGCAAAAGAAAAUGGACAUCAUGCCUUUAGCUAGAGGUAU